AUGACCUGUAGUCAAUUUGGGGACCUUCCGGCCUCCUGUGGCGACGGGCCGCCUCCUGAGUCCAUGUCAGUUCUGAUUGAAGCAGCCGCGAAGCAUCCUGAGACCAAUCUCAAGCUUCUCGGUGAGGCCCUGGAGCCCCUAAAACCCCAAUCGCUGCGCCAGAUGUCGAGGACCGGCGACAGCCAGCGAGGACCGCCCCAUCAGGCCCUUCCCUCCCUCAACGGCAACUCGGGUAAGCUCACCAAUCCCAUCGCAAGGUCUAGCGUCGCCCCUGAAGCUCGGCGUGAAAAGAAAGCUCGUGCUGAAGGCUGCUUGGUGUUAGCAAGUCCUUCCUUCCGCCUCUCAUUCCCCAACACCACGACAACCGAGCAAACGGAAAUAGAUUCUCUUGCUCUGCGAUAUGAGCCUUCUGGAGAGCAACCUCACGCUCUUCAGCUGACCACGAAACUCGCCCAAAAGCCUUCACCCUACGCGAUCGUCCUACAAGGACCUGGACUUCUCUUGACGCAACGCCUGGCUGUCCACGUGCCCUCAACACCAUGCAAAGCAUUGUCGGCAAUACUUCGGCAGAAUCCGGCCUUUGGUGAAUUGCGAUCCCAGGACAGUCUUCGUGAAGCGAGCACCAUUCAAGCUAAGUGCAAACGGCUGAGCCGAUACAUCUGUUCACCUUCGUCAUCGCCAGCAUCAAUAUCGCAAGUCUCCACUACACCAGACGCCGCCCUCGAGGUCGAUUUGACCAUGUCCACUAGUACAAUCGGAAGCUCUGGGUUCUGGUUUGUUAUUGCUAGUCCCUACUUCUUCCCCUUUGCAUCACUCAAACCGUCGUUCACCGUUCCGUCCGUUGCCGUCGUUCUACAUCGUUUUAUGCUGAUUAUUCUUGCUUUCCUCGUUUUGCUCUCAGCGCUCUGCUCUUGUCGUCCUCUCCCUCAGCUCCUGUUCUCGUAUCCGUCCUCUUGUUUUUCUCGUGCGAAUCUGCUCCUCUCCAUUCAUCCUGCUUUUUUCAUCCCCCCAUUCUACUUAGCUCUUUUCUUUCUCAUUUACUUCUUACAGCAGACUUUUUCCAAGACUUUUUCUAGUAAUCCUUCUUUUUCGUUUUCCGUAGUCAUUCUCGUGUUGGUAUACCAUGUCCUCAUCGAUGAUCUCGAUAUCCAUUACCCUCUACCAUCAAGCUUGGACUCUUCUUUUUGGCUCUUUUUGCUAAUAAAAAACAACCCCUUGAUCACUUUUGAACCUAGUUCACUGCUCGUCGAUCGUCGCUUUCUUUACCCUUGUUUUCGUUGCUUCGGUCUCGUCGUCCCUGUCUUCGUCGUUUCUUUUCGGCUCGAGCUCGCUUUAAUCGUUCGUUCUUGCUAUCCUCGUCGCUUUUCGCUCUUUCCACCAUUUGAUGCAUUCCCUCCUCGCGUCAUUUCAUCGUAUUUAUCCUUUGAGCCAUCAGACGUAGGUAAGUUGACCCUUUCAAACUACCCUUGGAGUUUGCAAGCAUUCAGUCUUUCUGAGCAAGUGAUCGUUUCCGACAUCCACUCUUUUCUAGCAGGUGAGUUCCUCCAGCUCGUGUCGGUGUUUUCAAUCUUUGGGUCGCUCAGUAUCUGGCAAAAUGCUGUUUUUUCACCCGUAAUUGACUUGGAGCUUCCAGUCUCUGGUCUUCCGCUUGUGUUGUCUUACCGCUCGAGUCCACUAUUCCCUUCACUCUUCCCUCGUUCCUGCCAUCCAGCUAUUUCCAGUAUCUUCCAUCCUAUAUUUCUUUCGCUCUUCUCAACCGCAUUCCCCGCCCGCGAGCCAUUUUCAAUCUCUUUUUUCUUUUUGGAUCCCUUUGUUUUUUACGAGUCUCUUCGUCCUUCUCAACCUUCUUGGUUUCUGCGGGUCGAUCAAGCCUUAGCCAAUUCAUUCAGAAUUAGGUUUAGCAUGGUCGGCCGUCUGGAUUUCGGAUUGGUAAGGAAAGCCGUUUAUUGGUCUUCGGAAUCGCCCGAGGAGUCAUUUGGUCUUGUGCAUCUCAUAGUGAGUCCCUUCAUCCUUAGUCCCGUUCCGCCUUUACGAGCUCUUCCUAUCAUCCCGCGCCUUUUCUGCUUUCCAUUUGUCUUGACCUCCUUGCUCAGAUUGCGCCUAGUCUUCCGCUUCUAUGCUUUCCCAUUGCUCGUGAAUCUUCAUUGUCCAAUGCCUAUGGCGUUGCGUAUCCUUCACUAUCGUGUUACUCGUCAUCAUUACCGUGUCUUCUACUUCCUUGAUGCCUCGUGUGACUUGUUGCACUUCAUUGUCCAAUAUCCAUAG